CUUUUUCUUUCAAAAGCUUUCCGAUCAGACAUCCUCAACAAAAACCUGGGAGUUCAGGCCAAAAAAAAGCUACAAACUGGUCAAAUCCAAAAUGGGUUUUGUGGGUUUACUCCAAUUUUCAUUGAAAUGCUUCGAUGUUCUUGCCUGGCCUCUAGUUGCUUUGGUCUACCCUCUUUGUGCUUCGGUUCGGGCAAUUGAGACCAAUUCAAACUAUCACAUGCGGAAAUUGGUCUCAUAUUGGGUUCUUUUUUCUUUGAUUUCUCUCUUUGAACUUGCUUUCGUGAGAGUUAUUGAAUGGCUACCAUUCUGGCCUCAGAUAAAGCUAAUAUUUGUCUGCUGGCUAGUAAUACCUCGAUUUAACGGUGCAUACUAUGUCUACAAAUGCCUUGUUCAUCUGUGCUUAUCCAUGGACCUACAAGCUGUUGUCGAGUGGUUGAAUAAGCCUAAGGAUGAGGUCUCUCUCAAACCCGAAACCUUCCUAGCUGUGGCUGAGACAUAUGUUCAAAAGAAUGGUACUGAAGCAUUGGAGAAACUCAUUGCUAGUAAGUCAAAGGAUUCAAAUUCCAUUCUCAUUGUGGAAGAAAUCAAGUCAGUUGCAAAUGCAGAGGAGAAAGAAGUGGCGACAAUAAUCCAGUGCAAUGAGCCAAACAUUGUUCAGAAUGAUGUCAAAACUUUGAAAUCAAACGAGAAAAAUGCAGCAGCAUCAGCCGCAGCCGCAGCCGUGAAAUCGUGCAAAGAGCCAAACAUUGCUCAGAAAGAUGUCAAAGCUGUGGAACCACCAGAGAAAAAUGCAGCA